UUCAAGCGGACAACAGGUGAUCGCGAGCGUUUCGCAGCAAAGGGGAAAAUCGCAUAGAAACCGGAGCGGGUAAAGUCGCUCCAAAAACGCGCACUUCGUCUUGGGCAAUUCGCGGUGCUUUUGGUGCUGCUGCAAUCGCGAGUGAGAGAGCAAUAUCCACACCGGGAGUGCGAAAGAGAAAGAGCAAAGCGGCUGCCCACGGCAAUAAAGUUCGACUUGGUUUUUGUUUUAAUAUGUGAUGCCAAUACACAAUUCGGCAAUCGAGAAAACGUGUUUACACUUAAUUUGCUAACGCGAUUCAAAGAAAAGUAACAAAAAAAAUGCGCCUCCAGGCAGCGGAUAUGGGAGCUAUUCCAGUGCUGAUCUUAGUCACCGCUUGUUUAUUCCAACAAACAUCGGCCCAGGGACUUUACUCCAUAAUUGCUCCAAAUACAUUGCGUCCUAAUUCGCAAUUCCAUGUGGCUGUGAGCUUGCAUAAUGCACCAGAGUCAGCCACUUUCAAAGUGGGAAUCCUGGGAAGUUCCUACACGGACUUCAAGACCGUGGAGCUGCGACCCUUUUCCACACAACUUCUGCACUUUGAGAUUCCAGCCCUUAAAACCGACAGAUAUCGUCUCACUGCUGAAGGUUUAGGUGGAGUUCAGUUCACCAAUGAGACUCAGCUGCACUUCGAGGCCAAACAGCAUACGGUGUUGGUCCAAACGGAUAAGAGUAUCUACAAGCCAGGCGAUCUGGUUCACUAUCGUGUGCUUAUUUUGGAUGCCAAUCUAAAACCAGCUCGGGGCUAUGGACGUGUGCAUGUGGACAUCAAGGAUUCGGGUGAUAAUAUUAUACGGAGCUAUAAGGAUAUUCGCUUGACCAACUCGAUUUACUCGAACGAACUUCGAUUGUCGGAUUACCCACGUUUUGGCACCUGGUCCAUUGUUGUCGAGGUUUCCGAACAAACUCAUACGCAGACUUUCGAGAUCCUCGAUCAUAUUCUGCCCAAAUUCGUGGUGGAUAUUGAUACACCCAAACACGCUAUUUAUAAAGACGGAAAAAUAGCAGCCACUGUCAGGGCGCACUAUGCCUUUGGCCAGCCAAUUGUGGGUGAGGCCACCUUAUCCAUUUACCCGACUUUCUUUGGCUCCCUUCAACCUUUUGUAAAUGAUCUCAUCACCCGAAAAGUGGUGCCCAUCGAUGGCAAUGCCUACUUUGAGUUCGAUAUAGAGAACGAGCUCCACCUCAAGCAGGAUUAUGAGAGACAGUAUCUUUUGGAUGCUUUGGUGGAGGAGAAGUCCACUGGUUCGGUGCAAAACUACUCAACAGUCUUGACCCUGCACUUGAAUCACUAUCGUGUGGAAACUGUCAAGGUGCCAAGCUAUUAUAUUCCUGGAGUACCCUUUGAAGCCACUGCCCGCAUAGCUCGCAAUGAUGGCAAUCAACUGAGAGACUUUAAUCCACAAAUCACCGCAUAUUUGACGAAUGUUUACGGCAGCAGUGAGAUUUAUAAUCGCACUGACUACAGUUUGGAUGCCAGUGGUGAGAUAAAGAUGAAGUUCACAGUUCCCAUCGGAGAUCAGGAUGAGUUCCAUUCCAUUAUUGUCGACUACCAGGGAGUGAUAAGUGAAGUGGGAAAGAUUCCGAGAAAGCAUUUGCACAGCAAAAACUACAUCACAGCCAAGGUGCUGAAUGACAGACCCACUGUAAACCAGGAAAUUUCUGUGGUAGUGCGCUCUUUUGAGCCCAUCAAAUAUUUUAUGUAUCAAGUUGUCGGACGUGGCGAUAUUAUUCUUUCCCGCAAUGUGGAUGUGGCUGAUGGCACUUUCCACACCAUCAAAUUCCUAGCCUCAUUUGCCAUGAUGCCGAGGGCCAAGUUGCUCGUAUAUACGGUAGUAAACGGAGAGUUUGUUUACGACGAGCAGGUCAUACAGUUCGAAGAAAAUCUUCUUAAUGCGGUACAAGUUGAGGCUCCAAUUAGAGCUCCACCAGGCCAGGAUAUUGACAUAGGCAUCAGCACCAAACCCUAUUCCUAUGUGGGUCUUAUGCUAGUGGAUCAAAAUGCAAAUAACUUGAGAAGCGGUCAUGAUUUGACCCACAAGAGAUUGAUGGAUGCUCUGCGUUCAUACGAACUGAGCGAUGUGAACACCCCAACGGGAUCUCCUGGCAAGGAAUCCGGAGUGAUAACCAUGUCGAAUACGGAUUACUUUGUCGAAAAGGAAGCGGAAAGCAGUCCUGCUUUGGGAAGAGAGGCUUCCACUGGUCCCGAGGAAGAUAAACUGACAACUGUGCGAAAAACAGACAUUGGACCCGCCCACAAGAUCGAGGUUAACACCCUGCCUCCCGGCAAAGGACGAUAUGCCUUCUCCUACACUCCGAAACCAUUCUGGCACAAUCCAAGGGUUCAUGUGAUGCGUGAUCCUUCGGACACGUGGCUCUUCCUGAACAUCUCAGCCAGCAGCGAUGGGAGGAACUCCAUCCACCGAAGGAUUCCCAGUGAGAUGACCUCCUGGGUGGUUUCCGCCUUUGCUCUGGAUCCGGUGAAUGGAUUGGGCUUGUCGCAGCCAAAUGGCAAAUUGGAGGCCUACAAGGAGUUCUACAUUACCACCGAGCUGCCCUAUUCCAUUAAAAGGGACGAACUCAUUGCCAUUCCGUUUGUGGUGCACAACAACAGGGACAGGGAUCUCAAUGUUGAGGUCACCUUUUUCAACUCAGCCCAGGAAUUCGAUUUCCCACAGCUAGAUCCCAAGGCCACCAGCAAGCCAAAAGAGGAACUCACUAGCCGCAGAUCCUUGCAGGUGCCCGGAAAAUCCUCCCGAUCGGUGUCCUUUAUCGUGACCCCCAAGCGAGUGGGUUCCCUAUUGGUCAAGGCAAUGGCUACCUCCUCCCAAGCUGGCGAUACGGUGGAGCAAACCCUACUUGUGGAACAUCCUGGAGCCACAGAGCGGAUUAACCGAGGAUUCCUCUUCGAGCUGAACUCAAAUGCCCAAAAUAGGAGAAACGUUUCCAUUGCGGUUCCACGAAAUGCAAUUCCCGAAUCCACUCGCAUCGAAGUCUCAGCGGUUGGCGAUCUGAUUGGUAGCGUAGUGGGUAACCUGGACAACCUUAUCCUUCUGCCAACUGGCUGUGGUGAACAGACCAUGGUCAACUUUGUGCCCAACCUGAUGGUUCUUCGAUAUUUGGGGCGCCUUCAAAAAUUGACUCCCGAAGUGGAGCUGGCUGCCACAAACAAUCUGGCAGUGGGAUACCAAAGAAUCCUGUAUUAUCGUCAUGGGAAUGGUGCCUUCAGUGCCUUUGGCUUGGAUGCCAAGAGGAGUUCCACCUGGCUGACGGGUUAUGUGGCGCGAUCCCUGCGACAGGCGGCUUCCUUCACCCAAGUGGACAGCAAUGUCCUCCAGACUGCUCUGACCUAUCUGGGAAGUGUUCAGUCCGCAAAUGGUGGAUUCGAGGAGCGUGGCGAUGUCUUCGAGAGAUUCGGCGACGAUGGCAUCAGUCUAACUGCCUUUGUGACCCUGGCUCUUAUGGAAAAUGUGGAUCUCUACCCGGAAUAUCGGAACAACAUCAACAAAGCGCUGGACUUUAUCACGAGGGGCUUGGAUGGAUCGAACAAUCUGCAUGCCAUGGCUUUGGGAACUUAUGUGCUUUCCCGUGCCAAUCACAAUGCCAAGGCAGCUUUUCUUCAACGCUUGGACUCCAUGGCUAUUAACAAGGAUGGUCGCAAGUGGUGGAACAAGACAGCUCCCGCCGGUGAACAGCAGUCUCCGUGGUACAAUGCCACUCGCAGUGUCAACAUCGAGAUCUCCGCCUAUGCCGCCUUGGCUCUUCUGGAAAAUAAUUUGGUGGGAGAUGCUUUGCCAGUGCUGAACUGGCUGAUGGAUCAGCGGAAUCCCAAUGGCGGAUUUGUGGCAUCUCAGGAUACGGUGGUGGGGCUCCAGGCACUUCUGGUUUUCGCCGAACGCUUUUCCAGUCAGGGCAACAAUCUCCAAAUCGGCUUCCAUUACGGAGAAGGUGCCGAAACCAUAAUUAAUGUGAAUGCUCAAAACUCACUGGCCCUGCAAACUGUGGAGCUUCCCAACAACCUGAAAAACCUGAGUGUUUCGGCAACUGGCAGAGGAAUGGCUUUGGCCCAAGUGAGCUACACAUACAAUACGAAUGUGACCAGUGCCUGGCCUCGAUUCGUACUCGAUCCCACUGUGAAUCGGAACUCCCAUGCGGACUACCUCCAUCUCUCGGCUUGUGCAAGUUUUGUUUCCGUUGCCGGCGAGGAAGAGCAGCGAUCGAAUAUGGCCGUAAUGGAGGUGCAACUGCCCAGUGGCUUCGUUGUCGACAGGGAUACUUUGCCCACUUUGGAGUCAAGUGAGCGGAUCAAGAAGGUGGAGACCCAGAACAGGAACACCAAGGUGGUCAUCUACUUCGACUACCUGGACAGAAGGGAGGUCUGCCCCACCCUGCACGCCUACAAAACUGUGAAGGUCACCAAACAUCGACCCGUGGCGGUGGUCAUGUACGACUACUACGAUAGCGCUCGUCGUGCCAGGCAGUUUUACAGGGCUCCCAAGUCCAACAUCUGCGACAUUUGCGAGCAUGCCAAUUGUGGUGACCUUUGUGAAAAGGCCGAGAAACGCGAGUCGAAGCGACCCGAUGACUACACGGCAAUAGCGGGUCAUAGUUCAAGCUCGGACCUUGGAACUAUUCCCGUUUUAUCAUUGAUGACGACUCUAUUGGUUCUUUUGAAGACUCUCUGCUGUUAGACGAUAUUGUUAUUGCCACUUAAGGUGGAACCAACAAGGAAAUCGAAGCUUUAACAAACCCACUCACAUAGUUUGUAAGUUAGCCUAAUGAAUGCCGUGAACUAAACCUAAUCUAAGUACAUCUAACGAUGCUAAAGUGUUGCCAAUAAAGUGUUAUAACGUUUACUAAAACCUACAGAAAAUGGG